AUGUCCAUGUCAACCGACAUUGAUCAGUCAGUACAGAGUAGACGUACGGAUCAGGACCCUCGACCCACUUAUCAGACCGACCCACAGCGCCUCAACCACGGCACUAACGGGUGGACUACUGAAAGCCUAUCCAGCCGUACUGAUCCAAACACGAUCGAUGUGAAUCACGCUAAACCACUUUCUAUACAAAAUCAACAAAGUCGAAUCCGACGAGUGUCGCUGCGGGGAGAGGUCUUCAAGAAGACACGUUCUCAUGAAGUUCCUGUUAUAUACAUAUAUGAGGAGAAACUGAUGUUGGCCAAGGUCUCAAGGACGGACUUAGAUAGCCCUACAGACUACGACUCCGUGACAGAUAUUUUUGGACAAUUCAGGAAUAUCAAUGCCGACUUAGAUUCUGAGGAAGAUGAGUUGGACCGAGAGGACCACGACAACGACUAG